ACUGGAACGGCAGUCAGACAAGUGGGUGUGCCCAUGCAGGCAGUCGAGCCGUGUCCAAACCUGCUCACCUUGUCUGCUGCUGUAGUAAACCAGCAGUACAUACCUGCAUUAAGGAUACUGAAACAUCUACCGCCUCUCCAUUUUUCUCAAACUCUCUUAUACUCUCUCUCUAUAAACAGGCGUAUUUUCUGUCUAAAUUACACUUGUAUUGUUCAAAUAGCAGAUAUGUCACUCCAAGUGUUUUAUGCCAGCGUGAGCGGGAACGUCAUGAUGAGGAAAAACCAGGAGAGAAUCUUCUCUGUCCUGGACUCAAAGAGCAUCGAAUACGAAAAAGUGGACAUCACUCAGGGUUCUGAUGCCAAGGAUUUAAUGAGGAAGAAAGCAGGAGACCCGACUGCAUUGGCCCCUCAGAUAUGCAACGGAGACAACUACUGUGGGGACAUUGAUGCUUUUGAGAAUGCCAUUGAGAACGAACAAUUAGAGGAGUUUCUGAAACUCUAAAGAUGGAGACCAGCUAUGGGGCAACUCACAAGUCACACUCCUAUACUCACUGCAAUAUCUUCAUAUCAGGUUCAUCCUACUCUGAGAAAUAAUUGAAUCUAUGAAAGAUUAUAUUAAAAUGUUUUUUUUUCCUUUUAUUUGAUUGAAAUUGAAUUCAUAUUUGUUGAAUGUUUUUUUUUUUUUUUUAAAGAAGUAAAUGUACGAUUUUCAAUGAAAUCAACAUUCUUGUCUAGUCUUCCUUUUAGGUAAAUGCAUGACAGUUUUUGAAUUUGUCAUAUUCGAGACAGGCUUGUAUGUGAUGUUCAUCUGCAGAGUCAACAUGUCCUGUUCACCGUGAAGGGUCAUCAAACCUACAAAAAUAAAAUCACACUUACAGUCAA